AUGCCGCGUCUGGUGAACCGCGGAAACGCUGCCGCCGCUUCCGCCGUCCCGGACCUGCCUCCGUACGAGCCGCCCUCAUGUCCGCUCAACGAGACCGCCCGCAGUGCUCUCGGCCAACUCUCGAACAACCGCGGAACUGUGCCCUACGAGUCACAGAUCAAGGAGUCCAUCCGAGGGCUUGGUCUUGGUGUUGGAGAUGUGCAUGAGCGUCUCUUCUCCCAGCAACAGCGGCUCGAGGGCCUUCGCGAGCGCCGCCGCGAGAAGGGCAUCACCGACAAGUCGCCCGAGGAGGAGCGCCUCGAGGAGCACCUCGCUUCCUUCGAAGAUGAAGUCGACGCCGUGACUCGCGAAUCCGAAGAGACCCUUCGCGGCCUCAUCGAUAUGCGAAACGAGCUCGAGGACGAGGCCGUCAUCCUCGGCGAGCUGUACACUACCGCUGCGACGUCCCACGCUGCCAUCGCAGCGGCCGCGCAGGAGCGUCGCGGCGCUGACCUCGGCCCCGAAGACGGCGAUGAAGAGGAUGAUCGCAAGGCGGAGCCCGUGCCCAGCACACUCAACACUCUCAAGGAGCUGCGUACGCGGAAACACGCAGAUUACAGCAAGCUCACGCCCUUCCAGCGCUACGCCAAGAACAACGAUUACGCCGGCUUCAAGAAAUUGUGGCACGACGCCGCUGCGGGAGACGGUGGCGCGCCAUUGCCGGACGCGUCUCGCUGGUUUCGUUCUAACGGCCAGCCCGUCAUGGACCGCCCCGGGACCAACAACCGGAGGGCCACUGCAGGUGCCGGCGAGGAAGACGACGACGAUGUUGCCGUCGCACGCGAGUUCGUAAGCUUCAAGUGCCCGUUGACAUUACGGGACAUGGAAGAGCCGUACAGCAACGUCAAAUGCAAGCACACGUUCGAGAAGAGCGCCAUCCUGGACUACCUCCCUCGCACGGGGGUUGUACAAUGUCCCCAGACGGGCUGCUCUGAGACCUUCUCGCGUGCAAGCUUUGAGGAAGACUUUUUCCUCGAUGAGCCGAUGCUUCGACGCAUCCAGCGCGCGCGGCAGACUGAGCGCAAUAAUGACCUCGAUGAGGACGAAGAUGACGAGGAGGACGACGAGGAAGAAGACGAAGCGUCAAUGGUUGUCGGCGGUGCAAGACGUGUUCGAGGCCGGAUGCCGAAACCCGAGCCGGAGUGA